GUAGCAUUCACUGAAAAAGUUGUAUGCAACAGUCUCUAUCGAAUGAGCGCGAACUUGAAGCAGUUCCGGCAGGGUAGUUUGGAUUUACUAACUUUGAAGGAUAGAAACACACACGUUCUCAGAGAGGCCAUUCUUUCAAUGAGUUCCUUACGCGCACAAAAUCGUAACGUAAACUCCUUUUUUGUUAAUGAAAAGGUCCAAUCACCAUCCGAGGAAACUCUUUUACUUUCGCCAAUGAGAGCAAAGACAUAUAAGGAAAUGACUAACGAACUCCCGUCCUUGAAGAGAGUAUGUUACCUCCUUAGAAUUGAGGAAUAUGUGCUGCUCUAUUCCCCGCGCACCACCAUGAAGCGUGCUGUUCGCGUGGGAGGAAGAGCUUUGCUUGAAAUUAGGAAAGGCGCUGCCCCGGGGAUCAACAUGUUCGUUAAGUUAAUAAAUGGCCAUCAAUCAGACUCUUCCUGCCUUCUAAAGAUCUCUCCUUCCAGCACUUUUAAUGACCUCACAGAAGCACUGAAAAGUGCUUUUGGCGGAAAGUCCACUAAUGGGUGCCAUCUUGCCUCUACGGAUCUCGCUUUCGGUCAUUGGAUUUGCGAGUGCUUGCGGUCCGAACAAGAGCUAAAGUAUUGGACCAUUUCCGAAGGCGGAGAAAUUUACAAAAUAGUAGAGGAUGGAAACCUCCCUGUGGCGGCUGUUUACGGAAAGCUGGCAGCUUUAAACACGACUCUAAUCGAACCACUCCCCAUGCGGCUCACAUCGCUUGACGCCCAAUCAAAAAAAAACACCAACUUGAAAGUCCGUCAAACUACAGGCACCGAAGAUUCAACUCGCUCAGAAGAGCUUGACCAAUCAUGUGCUUCGUGGCAUUUGGCUACUGGUCGGUACCGACCGCAUUACUUCACUGCUGGCGCGGAGAGAGUUUUUGAAAGUCUUUUGGUUGGAGGGCAUGUGAGCAAGAAGAAAAAAGACUUGAUAUCUGUUCAAUUUCAAGCUUGCAGGACCAAUGAAAGCAGCAGCGACUUUAAUAAUAAUGAUGAUUAUAAUAUUUACAAAAAUAAUAAUGAAAAUAUUUAUAAUAAUAAAGAUGAUAAUAAUAAUUAUAAUCAUUGUAGUAUUAAUAAUAAUGAGCCCCCGAAGGAUAGUCAUACCAACCUCGACGAACUCCGAUUCGUGUUUUCUGAGAUUAUUAAUUGUUUUCCUGGCCCGCUUGCCCCUAGCAAAGCGCCGCCCGCCAACCGAUCGCACCUUCGUUCUAAAUCGGGAUCCUACAGCGGCUCGCAUCUCGGCUCCUUCUUCUCCAGUAUCCUUUCACAUUCUCUCAAGAAGCAAGACUUACUAGCUGCGCCGCCAUAUCUGCCGGACAUCUCUGACUUGAGCCCGCUGGUUAUUAUUGCAAGCCACGUGUUGCUGUGCAUCCCUUGGGACCUUCUCCAUCUUUAUCGCCCCACCGACCACGUAGUUACCAGCUUUACGCUUUCUUCGCUUCUGACCCAACGGGACAGCAAGAUUCUCCGCUCCACCGACUCCCUUAUGGAGAAAAAUAAAAAAUGUUCUGUUAAAAGCCCAAAAUUUUUUUCAUUGUGCUGGAGCUCGUCUUCCUCUAAUUCAAGUUACUACCACAAACGAGAUAAAAAGCGAGAGGCCCACUUUUUCCAUCGUUUUAUUAGCGACUUCACGUAUAUCGAUCCGAGGUCGGCUCGGUCUUCUCAGCUAAUGAGCGAAGUAGCGCACGACCGGGUCUUCUCUUCUGGCGCCCCCUAUGAGUUUUUAGUGCGCCACGGAAAAAAGAAAAGCCGCUACAAUUCGUACAAAAAGAAUUUUUAUGUGCAGAAGUACAUCCACUUUGUCGACUGCGCGGGAAGUUCAGCUGUCCGCCAUGGCCACGUGUUGGAUGAAAUGAGGCAGCACAUGGAAGGCUUUCAACACGCAGUCUUACUGCUGGCCUAUGCGGAGGCGCUUGAUCUUAACACCUGGGCAGCCGACCUUGCAUCUGCCUCUGAGGGCUUGGCGACUGGAUAUCCCGGGCUCUCUUUCACAUGCUUAUUUAUUCCGCAAUACUACGCUAAGAAGUCGUUCCGAUGCAUUAUGAAGAAGCUUCAGUAUUUCCAUUCCCUUAAAGAAACGACCGCCAACGACAAUUCUUUCGUGCUGCCUUUUUUGUUUGCCGCUGUUCAAGAGCUCCGCAGUUAUAUGGGUGUGCCUGUAGUAAUGCUUCACCCCUGCUAUCUUUGAAAGUAAUGAAUUCACUAAAUGUAUUGCUGUAUGGU